UUAUGAAGGUUCUGAUGUUAAACUGUGCAUAUAGCUUCAUUUAGAAGAUGGUUAGUGUUCAAUUUGAUCUAACCAUGGCGGAGCGAGAGGAAGACACGGAAGUAGAACGUAGGCCUCUAAAGCGGAUGUCAACCAUCGCGUAUCGAGGAUACAAGAGAGAACCAAGCAAAAGGGUCUUUGUCAACCGAAGUCUGAUGCUGGAGAAAGUCCGCUUCUAUGGAUUUGACAUGGACUACACACUAGCAAUGUACAAGUCCCCUGAAUAUGAAACCCUAGGAUUUGAUCUCAUUAGAGAUGCCAUCGUCACCAUUGGAUAUCCAGAUGCCAUUAAAGAGUUCACGUAUGACCCUACCUUUCCCAUCAGGGGACUGUGGUUUGACAUGGAGUAUGGAAAUAUCAUAAAAGCUGAUCCUUAUGGAAACAUCCUAGUUUGUGUUCAUGGCUUCAAGUUCCUAAAAAUGCACGACCUGCACCAGAUAUACCCCAAUCGAUUUGUGCAGAGGGACGAUCAGCGGUUCCGAAUCUUCAACACUCUCUAUGAUCUUCCAAUCAUCUAUAUCCUAGCCUGUCUGGUAGAUUUCUUCACCAAUCAUUCUGAUUAUACAAGCGUGGAUGAGGAACACGGCAGUAUGGACAAUGGAGUCAGAACAGGGGAUAUAACUAUGACCUGGCACUCUAUUUACCAGGAUGUCAUGACCGCUGUCGGCAUAGUUCACGAUAAAAAUGGGCCAUUAAAAGGUGAGACUAUGAAGAAUUUGGAGAAGUAUGUUAUAAAGGAUGAAAGGCUUCCGGUGCUUUUGGACAGAAUGAGAGCACAUGGAUCUAAAGUCUUCUUAGCAACAAAUAGUGGUUAUCAGUAUACCAAUAAAGUGAUGUCAUACAUGUUGAAUGAUGAUAAGCGAGACUGGACCAGCUAUUUUGACUACAUUGUUGUGGAUGCCAAAAAACCUUUAUUUUUCGAAGAGGGAACAAUUCUACGUCAAGUUGAUAAGGAGACUGGUGCCUUAAAGCUAGGAGCUCACACAGGACCCAUAAAGUCAGGACAGGUUUACUCGGGAGGUUCCAUUAGCGUCUUCCAUGAGCUGAUGAAGAUAUAUGACCAGGAAGUUUUAUAUGUUGGUGACCACAUUUUUGGCGACAUUUUGAAGACCAAAAAAGUCCGAGGUUGGAGGACGUUCCUUGUCGUCCCCGAGCUGGCUCAGGAACUGCUGGUGUGGACCAAGAAAAAGGCCCUGUUUGAACAGCUAGAGGACUUGGACAUGCAGAUUGGUGAAAUGUACAGAUAUCUUGACAGUGAGAGUGAAACCAAACCAGACAUUAGCAACAUCAACAGAUUAAUAAGGGAUACUACACACCAAAUGGACAUGGCAUAUGGAAUUCUGGGAAGUGUCUUCAGAAGUGGCUCUCGCCACACCUUCUUUGCCAGUCAGUUGAUGAGGUUUGCUGACCUGUAUGCGGCCUCUGUUGACAAUCUCCUCCAUUAUCCUUUCUGUUAUGUCUUCAGAGCUCCAAAUAUGUUGAUGGCCCAUGAGUCGACAGUGGACCAUGAAGACAUAUUACAGAUGGAGAACAACGGUCUGGCCCUCCGGACCCGAGACCGAGAGAAUUCUCAGGAGGAACGCAGGAAGCGCCUGGAGCGCACCCACAGCAUCGUCCCCAAUCUGUUUGCCCCGACGCCGCAUCAGUUCACGCAGUUAACAGAGGACGAUAGCCCUGAAAAUACAGAGACUGAAUUGUCUAGUGCGAAGUAGAAGGCAAAGGUCAAGGGUCAUGACACAUGACAUUGCCUAUAGUAUUUUGAACCCCUUUUUUAAGCAUGAAUUUUUAUUUUUUGCAGCAUUUCGUUUUUUAAAAGGCAUUCUUUUUUUUUAUGAUUUUAUGCUUGCUCAUUGUAAAUCCAUAGGAAUGUGUCUGUUGAGUACGUAAAUUAAAUUUAUUCACAGGGUUAUCAUUGUUUAAACAGUGGAAGUCAACUACCGGUACAUGUACAUUUAAAUAUGAACAAAUUAAUAUCUACCUCAGUUGCAUAUAAAGCAAAAGAUCAGCUCCUCUAAACUUACCAAAAAGAGAGUGAUAAAAGUUACCAUAAUAGUACACCUUGUUGAGCCUGUGAUUUUUGUUUUGUUUUGUAUAAAUUACUUGUAUAAACCCUGUUAAUAGCUUAUAUCUGCUGCUUUAAGCUUUGUUUGCCAAUGGACCUGUUUGUUAUUUGUUGAUGAAUAACUGUGAUAAUGUUCAAUAUAAGCAAGAAGAUCUGACAUAUUUGUCCAAAAUAUGCUCCUGCAUUUGACUAUAUACUGUAGAUUCCUAAUUAUACGCGAAGAAUUGAUUUCCGCGUAAUUUCGCGGAAAGCGUCAGUCGCGAAAAAAUAUUACUUGCUUUUAUUUUUAUGGUGCUGUAGUCUAUGUAAAUUCUUUUGAUCACCCUUUCAUUAGCGAAUUAUAAAUCUCGCGAUUUGAGGUGAAAGACACAGUUCGCGAUAAAAAGUACUCGCGAAAAAUAAGGAAUCUACAGUAAAAUCUAUUGCAUGUGGAUUAGAUAACAGCUUCUUAUGACCUGCAUACUCAAUGUAUGUUAUGUGGAAGUUGGCAUACUAUAAAAAACAUAAAUUUUCCUUAUAAUCUAUUUUUUCCAAAUAUUUACAUAAAAAAAAAUAUAUUUUGUAUUAGUACAAUGGAAAGUAUAUGCAUAAAAUGCACUAUACACUGGAUGCAAAACUGUACAUUGUUAACUUUGAUUUCAACCUAACUUACAGAAAAAAAAUUGUUUCCUGCCAAAUAUGUGUUGCAUAAUAUGUUUUGAGAAGUGAUAGAAUGAGCUUAUCUUCCAUAGACUAUCUAUAUAAAGAACUGCAUUACAUAUGACAAUGUUCGCAAAAUGUAGCUGCAGAACUGUAGCUCAGGGACAAAGAACAGACAUACUGUAAAUGUAUUUUAUUAUAUAGCUAACAAAUAGUCUCUAAUAAAAUACUACCAAAAAUCUAAAGAAUUUUAGC